AUGGGGGUGGCCCAGCUGACCAUUCUCCUGGCUUUGGUGUUCAUGCCCAGGGCCCAGGCAGCGUGGCUAGGGAGACUGGAUCCUAACCAGCUGCUGGGGCCCUGGUUUGUCCUUGCUGUGGCCUCCCGUGAGAAGGGCUUCGUGCUGGAGAGGGACAUGAGGACUGCGGAGGCUGUGGUGGUGACACUCACUGCAGAGAGCAAGCUUGAGCUACUGUCCUCUCGGCAGGGGCUGGAGGGCUGCAUCCAGAGUGUGAUGCAUCUGCAGCGGCAGGACUCGGGAUGGGUGUUUCAGAACCCCUCUCUGGGCGUGCUGGAGUACCGGGUGUUGGGCACCAACUUCAGAGACUACGCCAUCGUCUUCACGCAGCUGGAGUUCGGGGAUGAGGCCUUCAACACCGUGCAGCUGUAUAGUCGGACAGAGAUGGCCAGUGAGGAGGCCAUGAGGCUCUUCACCAAGUGGAGCAAGGACCUGGGCUUCUGGCCCCAGCAGCAGGCCCAGCUGCGGAGGGACUUCAGCUGUGCACACAGGAUCCUCCAGGUGAACCGCUUACCCCUCCUGUACCGCCCUGGCUCCCUGGGAGAAGAGAGGAGACCAGGGGCCUAGGGGGACCCUUGCCCAAGCCCAUGUGGGCUGCUGGCCAUCACCUGUCUGGGGAGCUGGCACCCAGGGUGCCUUCUGUUUCCAGUGAGUGCAGCGGCAAAGGUGCAGCAGCGUCCUCGGUGGCCAAGGGGCCAGUGCUGGCGCACCUACUCCCCUGGGCU